AUGCAUCACGGAUUCCAGCUGGAUACGUCGGUUCCUGAUUAUAAUGGACCAUUAUCGCCGUUAGACAAAACCGCUUUCCGAAAAUCGAUCCCCGUUCUGGGGUUACGCGUUCCUGCCACUCAAACAGGCUCCAUAUUGAAGUCGGAAGUUGCGCGAAAGUAUCUGGUCGGGAUUCCCAAAGUCAGGCCUGUUGUCCCCGAUCCAUCAGCGCCAGACGACGAGACUCAGAGACUAGUAUUGCUAGGUUUGAAUCGAGAAGCCGACAUCCCUCAAGAGUUUCUGAAAUUUUUGAAAGCUAAAGGCGACGACUUCGACUUCGUACCGUAUGAACUGAUCUUGAACUAUGAUCACUGGACAGCAAGCGAGAUACUUCAAGCGAUAUUACCAAAGGAACUUCGUGAAGGAGCGCCGACAGGCUUUGCAGCUACUGGACAUAUAGCUCAUAUGAACCUCAACGAAGAAUACCUGCCUUACAAACAUGUCAUCGGACAGAUAUUCCUCGACAAAAACAAGUAUAUCAGGACCGUUGUCAACAAACUUGAUAACAUAGACACCCGAUUUCGAUUCUUUGAGAUGGAGAUCUUGGCGGGAGAACAGAACUUGGUCGUGGAACAUCACGAGGCAGAUUGUCGAUUCACGUUUGACUUCUCUCAAGUGUACUGGAACUCGAGGCUCCAUACUGAACACCAGCGAAUCGUGGACAUGCUGAAACCUGGGGAAGUCCUUGCGGAUGUAUUCGCCGGCGUGGGUCCAUUUGCACUUCCUGCUGCAAAGAAAGGAUGUGCAGUUCUCGCGAACGAUCUAAAUCCGAACAGCUUCAAGUACCUUACCCAGAACAUACAAGACAACGAGGUCACAGAGACAGUAAGGGCUUCUUGUGAAGAUGGGCGGGAUUUUAUUCGCGCUGUAUUCAGUAGGGUCGCUACAUCCCCUUUCCCUCCUUACAUGGGGCCUAAACCAAGCAAGACGAAGGCACGCAAAUUGGAAAAGGAAGCUAAGAAGUCCGGAUCAGCAAUGCCGCACGAUGACUGGCCGUCAACAAAACCUGUACUACCCCAAAGUCGAAACACUAUUGAUCAUUUUGUGAUGAAUUUGCCUGAUACCGCUAUUCAGUUUUUAGACGCUUUUCGGGGUGUGCUUGUUUCCCAUUCACUUCGACCGUUUUAUUAUAAAAUGCCAAUGAUACAUUGUCAUUGUUUCACGAGAGAAUUGCAACAAGACGAAGCGGUACAAGAUAUACAGAGGAGGGUGGGGGAAAAACUUGGACAUCCAAUAACAGAGGACGUUAGCAUAACAUUGGUUCGUUCCGUCGCUCCUGGGAAGGAUAUGUACUGUGUCAGCUUCAGGCUGCCGUCAGAGGUAGCGUAUUGUGUGGAGGCACCCGACGGCAGGAUUUCCAAAGCUAGGGAUACUUCUACUUUUGUCAGCGUAGACCAGCUUGAUUGA